CAAGUCUCUUGUUUCUCUCGCUCUGGACUCUGAAUUUCGAAGACUGAGGUUCCUCUCCUCUCGCUCUCUUGGAUUAUCCUUCUCUGAGGUGAAUUCCGGUGGUUUGCGAUGGAGGACAGAGUGAAACUGGAGGCUGCCAUAGAUCAGCUCCUGAACGAGGAGAAGCAGAUGAGGCUCGCCGGAGAUGUCUCUGGGACGAGGAAGGCCGUUACUGACAUUCUUCAGCUUUGUUUCGAAGCUAAGGACUGGAAACUCCUGAAUGAACAGAUUGUCAAUCUGUCCAAGAAGCGUGGCCAGCUUAAGCAGGCUGCGCAAUCUAUGGUCCAGCAAGCAAUGCAGUACAUUGAUCAGACACCAGAUAUUGACACACGGAUAGAGCUUAUUAAGACACUAAACAAUGUGUCUGCUGGAAAGAUAUAUGUCGAAAUUGAGAGGGCUCGUUUGAUCAAGAAGCUUGCUAAGAUUAAAGAAGAGCAGGGGCUUGUAGCUGAAGCUGCAGAUCUUAUGCAAGAAGUCGCUGUGGAGACAUUUGGUGCUAUGGCAAAAACUGAGAAGAUCGCAUUUAUUCUUGAACAAGUUCGUUUGUGCUUAGAUCGACAAGAUUAUGUCCGUGCUCAAAUCUUGUCUAGGAAGAUCAAUCCAAGAGUUUUUGAUGCCAAUACAUUGAAAGAGAAGAAGCAACCUAAGGAAGGUGAAAGCAUAGUAGAAGAGGCUCCAGCUGAUAUACCAUCCUUGUUGGAGCUGAAACGAAUUUAUUAUGAGCUAAUGAUUCGGUACUACUCUCACAACAACGACUACCUUGAAAUAUGUCGUUGCUACAAGUCAAUAUAUGAUAUCCCUUCUGUCAAGGAAAACCCGGCACAAUGGAUUCCAGUAAGACAGCAUUGAUCGGGUCAUCCACUGUCUACAUGUACAUUGUAUAGUACAUCUGGAUUAACUUGUGCCCAAUCCGAUCUAUUCCAUCCCAAACCCGAACCGUUUCCCGAAACACCCACAUCUAGUUUUAAGACCGACGUGGUUUAUUUACGUAAAAGAAGUUUCCACGUAACAGGCGGUCCCCAAGCGAGUUCUGCUGUGUUGGGUCUGCGGACCAUUUCACGUGAUGGACACUAUGGGUGCGCGUUUCGGUAUGGUUUUCCGGUACCGUUUUUUAACCAAACCGUCCAAUAAUAUUUUAAUAAAACCGAUUUUUUUUGGAA